CCGAAACAGUCUGAGAUUUGUGAUUGUGAUUAAAGAGAGCAAUUUCCGUUCGCUAUUUUGGGUCAACUGAAAAUAAUAUUAAUAAAAAAAAGCAGAAUAGACAUCGAAUUUCGGCGAAUCACAUUCAUCAAAAUGGAUCCGCCGCCGGCACCAAUCCGGUGGCGCACAACCGCAAUCUCAAUUCUCGUGGUGGUUCUCAUUUUAGCCACCGUUUCUCCUUCUACCGCAAUCUACUGCGACGAAGACGAUUGCUAUGAUCUUCUCGGGGUUACUCAGAGUGCAAAUUCUUCUGAAAUCAAGAAAGCAUACUACAAACUCUCCUUGAAACAUCAUCCAGAUAAAAACCCUGAUCCAGAAUCGCGAAAGAUUUUCGUUAAAAUCGCAACUGCUUAUGAGAUUUUGAAGGAUGAGGCUACACGAGAAAAAUACGAUUAUGCAAUUGCGCAUCCGGAGGAGGUGUUUUAUAAUACUGCACAAUACUAUCGGGCGUACUAUGGUCACAAGACGGAUGCUCGCGCUGUAUUGGUUGGCCUUCUUCUUAUUCUUUCUGGUUUCCAAUAUCUGAAUCAAACGACAAGGUAUAAUCAGGCUGUGGCCAUGGUGAAGAAAACACCAGCUUAUAAAAAUAAACUAAGGGCGUUGGAACUUGAGCGCAGUGGUGGGGUUACAAAUAAGAAGAAGGGUCAAAAGAAUAAGGACAGAAAAGUGGAGGAAGACCUCAGUAAAGUUGAGGAAGAACUUGAUCUGCAGAUAACAGGAACCGAAAGGCCCUCCAUAUGGAAACUUAUUGGUGUCCGCAUCAUUCUUUUACCUUAUACUUUAGGAAAGCUGCUGCUAUGGUCUUCCUGUUGGUUUUGGACAUACAAGGUGAAAAAGUCCCCUUAUUCUUGGGAAGAUGCUUCUUAUCUCACACAAAGUUCCCUUGGUCUUACUGAUGACAGAUGGAGAAGUAUAGAUGAAGCAACAAAGGAAGAUCUUGUGCUAAGAAGCUUAUGGGAGAAGUCAAAUAUGGAGAACUACAUGACAGAGAUGCGAAAAGAAUCAAAGCGCAGAAGAUAGCUCCUACAGUUGCUUCACCUGCUGUUUUCAAAGGGCAAAAUUUUGUUUUACUUAUCUGAAUUACAACGUGAUAGUUAAAAGUAUAACACUUAAAAAUUAUUUAUUAUGGGGUAGCUUUAUUAAUAUUUUGGGGGAAAGGAGAGUAUAAUCGAUCUGGUCCAACAUAAAUCUUAUAUUUAUAAACAAGAUGUACUAAGUUAGCAACAUGAAAUUUAAAUAGGUCGCUCUUUGACUGUCCGUAAACAGAAAACCGAAGGAAACUGGUUUAGUUAUUACUACAUUCUUUUAAUGUAGGUACUUAACCUCAGUCUUGCAGCCAUUGAAUGUUUGGCAGUGGUUUUGUGCACCUGUUGUUCAAUAAGUAUGAGGUGUUUUAUCAGAAAGCGGCAUGUUGUAGUAGAGUUAUGAAUUGUGUGUAAAAGAUACAUGUGAAAUACCUCUGCUUUUCAUUAUUUUUAGCUUUAAAAUGCCAUGUUUCAUUCCGCUUA